AUGGAAGAAUAUGUAGUAUUCUUAUGUUCUCUUGCACUGGUUCUGCUGUUGUAUGGUGCUGCUAGAGUUUCCUACUCCAUUUGGUGGAAACCCAAAUGGCUUGAGAGGCAGUUGAAGCGCCAAGGGAUUAGAGGCACCCCUUACAGGCCACUCAUUGGAGACAUGAAGGAGUUUGUGAAGCUCGUAAAGGAAGCAUGGUCUAAGCCUAUGAGCCAAACUCACCAGAUUGCGCCACGCGUCGACCCUUUCACCCUAACUAAUAUGCAGAAAUAUGGGAAGAUAUCAAUGUAUUGGGUUGGGACAACACCAAGACUGAUCAUCAUGGAUACAGAGAUGAUGAAAGAAAUCUUGUCUAACAAGCAAGGUCACUUCAAUAAGCCACCCCUGAACCCUCUCAUUCUCAUACUGACCAAGGGACUUGCAAGUCUAGAGGGUGAGAAGUGGGCCAAACACAGAAGGAUAAUCAAUCCUGCUUUCCACCUAGAAAGGCUGAAGGAAAUGGUACCAGUUUUUGCAGUUAGUUGUGGGGAAAUGAUAGAGCAGUGGAAGAGGAUGGUUCCUCUUCAAGGAGCUUGGGAAAUGGAUAUAUGGCCUGAAAUCCAGAAACUUAGUGCAGAUGUUAUUUCUCGAGCUGCAUUCGGAAGCACCUAUGAAGAAGGGAAGAGGGUCUUUGAGCUUCAGAAAGAGCUUCUUGUGCUAACAUUUGAAGCAAUGACUACCUUAUACAUUCCUGGUUUCAGAUUUGUUCCAACAAAAAAGAAUCAAAGGAGAAAGAAAUUGGCCAAAGAUAUCACAUCAAUGCUGCGAAACAUAAUCCAGAAGAAAAUGAAUGCAAUAAGGGCUGGAGAAUCCAGGGUUGAUGACUUGCUGGGCAUGCUCUUGCAGUCUAAUAAUCAGACGGACUUUUCAGAAACUGCAAGGAACACAAGAAGCAAUGAGAUGUUGACAAUUGAAGAGGUGAUAGAAGAGUGCAAGCAGUUCUACCUUGCUGGCCAAGAAACAACCUCAAGUUGGCUAACAUGGACCAUGAUUGUUUUAGCCAUGCACCCAGACUGGCAAGAAAAGGCAAGGCAAGAAGUCCUACAAGUUUGUGGGAAAAAAGAACCUAAUUUUGAAGCUCUAAGCCACCUCAAGAUUGUAACCAUGAUACUUAAUGAAGUUCUAAGGUUGUAUCCACCGGCGAUUGCUCAGUAUCAACAUGCUUACAAGGAAACCAAAAUAGGGGACAUCAUUGCUCCAGCAGGAGUUGAUAUUACUCUGCCAACACUACUCAUUCACCAUGAUCCGGAGCUUUGGGGUGCUGGUGCAGGGGAAUUCAAACCAGAGAGAUUCUCCGCAGGAGUUUUAAAGGCAUCUAAGGAUCAGCAAGCAUUUUUUCCAUUUGGCUGGGGUCCAAGGACCUGCAUAGGCCAAAACUUUGCCAUGAUAGAAGCAAAACUUGCUUUGGCUAUGGUUCUGCAGCAUUUCUCAUUCGAGCUCUCACCUUCUUACACUCAUGCUCCUUAUACUGUUACCAUUCUUCAACCACAGCAUGGAGCUCAAAUUAUGUUACACCAACUCUAG